CUUCCCCUUCCUGAGUUGCUGAACGGGUUUGCCAGAACUUCCUUGAGGCCAACCAAAAGUCCUUCUCCAUGGCCUCCCCGAACUCGUCCCACACCCGAAUUUUUGCUUCAGCAAGUGCUGAAGCUGCGGCCCUUCUGGCCUCUUGGUACCUGACUGCAGGGCCGUAACCAGCAUUUUAAAAUUACAAAGGUGUCCGUGAUGGUCUGAAAAAUUUUCGACAUAUUUAAAUGAGAGGGGUGAAUUACACGUCACACAAGAUCUAUUCGGGUGGCACGGUGGUGUAGUGGUUAGCGCUGUCGCCUCACAGCAAGAAGGUCCUGGGUUCGAGCCCUGGGGCUGGCGAGGGCCUUUCUGUGUGGAGUUUGCAUGUUCUCCCCGUGUCCGCGUGGGUUUCCUCUGGGUGCUCCGGUUUCCCCCACAGUCCAAAGACAUGCAGGUUAGGCUAACUGGUGACUCUAAAUUGAGCGUAGGUGUGAAUGUGAGUGUGAAUGGUUGUCUGUGUCUAUGUGUCAGCCCUGUGAUGACCUGGCGACUUGUCCAGGGUAUACCCCGCCUUUCGCCCGUAGUCAGCUGGGAUAGGCUCCAGCUUGCCUGCGACCCUGUAGAAGGAUAAAGCGGCUAGAGAUAAUGAGAUGAGAUGAGACAAGAUCUAUUCCUGAAAUUGCUUUUAAUGGUGUUUGAAUUGAAUAUCAUCAGUUUUGAAAAAAAAUCAUGUAUGUGGCAAGAGUAAGAAUAAUUUAAGCUUGUUUAAUGGUUUGAUCUGGCACAAUCAAUGAGGACAAAACUGCGCUGAUUCGAAAAUGUAAAUUAAACAGCCUCAUGAGAGUGCGCUGAUUGUUACCAUGAAAAAAACAUGUCUACUGCACUGCGUUCACUCCCCCGAGUCGCGCACUCAUUCGUUUUUGUGUUCUUGGUCUCAGCCGCAUGCACGAAACAGACAGAGAAGACAGAAUCAACGUUUAACAUAAUUAACAAUGCACUUUUUAUGGAGAUGUUUUAAUGUUAUUCUUUAUUUUUUUAUCCAGUUGAAUAUUUAGCAUACAAAUUUAUUUUCAGCUCUUAAAAAUGACCGAGGUCCAGACCUCGGUGGCCUUAUAGCUGGCUACGGCCAUGCCUGACUGCUGCCUCAAGGGACCCCUGGGCCAACCAAGCCCAAAAAGCCUCUUCCUUCAGCUUGACAGCUUCCUUGACCCCCGUUGUCCACCAGCAGGUUCUUAGGUUACCGCCACGACAGGCACUAAUGACCUUUUGGUCAUAGCUCCUACCAGCUGCCUUUACAAUGGCAGCUUUGAACAUGAUCAGAUUCCAUGUCCCCAACCUCCCCCAGGAUGCAUGAAAAGCUCUUCUGGAGGCGGGAAUUGAAGACCUCAUGAACAGAGGACUCCACCAGAUGUUCCCAGUUCACCCUCACUGCAUGCAUGGGUUUGCCAGGUCUGUCCAGCAGCCUCCCCCACCAUCUGAUCCAACUCACCUCCAGGUGGUGAUUAGUUGACAGGUCUGCUCCUCUCUUCACCCAAGUGUCCAAUACAUAUGGCUGCACAUCUGAUGAUAUAACCACAAGGUCAAUCAUCGAUCUUUGGCUGAAGGUGUUUUGAUACCAGGUGCACUCAUGAACCACCUUAUGCUUCAACAUGGUGUUUGUUAUGGCCAAUCCUUGAUGAGCACAGAAGUCCAACAACAAAACACCACUCAGGUUUAGAUCAGGCAGGCCGUUCCUUUCAACACCCCCCCCCAUCAUUGUCUAUGUGAGCAUUGAAGUCCCCCAAGAGUAGUUUGGAGUCCCUGGGUGGCUCCCUUUCCAAGACACCGCCCAGUGACUCCAAGAACACUGAAUACUCUGCGCUGCUGUUUGGUGUAUAAGCACAAACAACAGUGAGCAUUCUCCUCUCAGCAACUUGCAGUCGCAUAGAGGCUACUCUCUCAUUCUCUGAGGAGAACUCCAACACAGAGGUGCUCAACCAGGGGCUUGUGAGUAUCCCCAUACCUGCCCAGUGCCUCUCGCUCUGGGCAACCCUGGAAAAGGAGAGAGAUCAACCCUUCUCCAGGAGUUUCAUUCCAGAAGCAGUGCUAUGUGUGGAGGUAAGCUCAACUAUAUCUAGUUGGUACCGCUCCACCUUCCGCACCAGCUCUGGUACCUUCCCUGCCAGAGAGGUGACGUUCCACAUCCCAAGAACUAAUCUGCACUGCUGAGGAUCAGCACACCCAGGCUCCUGCCUUUGCCUGUCACCUGGCUCACAAUGCACCCGACCCCGGUUUCUGUCCUUGUGGGUGGUGAGCCCACAUGGCUGCGGCUCCAUGUAAUUUCUUUGGGCUGUCCCUGGCUGGGCCCCAUGGGCCAAGGCUGGGCCACCACACGUUCGCUGGUGAGCUCACCUCCCAGGUCUGGCUCCAGGAGGAGGCCCUGGUUUCCCAUUCCCAGGCGAGGUGCUGCAGCUCCUAUUUUGCUGUUCUAUCAAGGUCUAUGAAUUGCUCUUAGUCAGGUCCCUCCCCUGGAGCCAAUUUGCCUUGGGAGACCUUACCAGGGGCUAAUGCCCCUCACAGCACAGCUCCCAGGAUCACCAGCACACACAAACCCUUCCACCUUGUUAAGGUGGCGAUUCUUUGGAGGGGAGUUUCAAGCAUGCCAAACACACACAUUUCAUCACACAUACAGCUCAAAAGCAGGAUGUUGAAUAAAAGUCUGAAGGGUGCUGGAACAAUAGGUCUGCUAAACCUCAUUGAAAUAUUCUUUGGAGAAGAAGCAGCCUUUAUUUUGGAACAUGUACAUAAUAGUGAAAUUCUUUUUGUUACAUAUCCCAACAUGUUAAGAAGCUGGUGUCAGAGUGCAGGGUCAGCCAUGAUACAGCGGCCCUGGAGCAGAGAGGUUUAAAGAGGGCCCAACAAUGGCAGCUUGAUGCUACUGGGAUUUGAACCCCGAUCUUUUGAUCAGAAACCCAGAGCCUUUAACCACUGUUCCACCACUGCGGAGUGCCCUACUACCUACAUACAACCUUGGGGAUAACUAUGGCGUGCUACUUCUCUACUUGAAGCAGAACACUUAGUUCAGUCACACUGUUUGUGGACCUAUCAGGCUAUGUGUCUGGCUAAACUGAGAGAAAAGUCGUUAUCUGGUAACAAAAUGCAGUCUGUUAACAGAUUAUUUGCUUGCAUGUUUAUCUGCACACACAAACCCUAAACCUGUGAGAAGACUUCCGUAAGUGGUGGGUGUUGCAAUGGUGCAAAGGAAUAGAGAAUGUGUUAGUGGCACUGGUUCCAUGUUUGAGCUUAAGUAAGGGGAUAUUAACUUUCUCUCAUACAAGAAAAAACAUAUUCCUCAGAAAGCACUUAGCCACAGGAUGGUCUGUAGGUGAUCUCCAUGUGUUGCCUCUGCACCCUACAGAGGGCUGCCGCGUGACAUCACCGUACCGCGUGAUUUUGUUAGGGCGCCAUAUUGGAAGACCAAGUACAUACAUACAUACAAUACAAAACAAACUACGAGCGAGAGUGAAGUGAUAUUACAGCUGUUGUGAAGUGACAUGAUGAGUGAAGUGACACGAUGGCUGAUAAUUCUGGUUAUGUGAGUACAUUACCAGCUGCAGAAAGGGCACGGUAUGUGGAGAAACUGGCUGUGAUAGAUGGGUUUGACCCAUAUGAUAAGACUCGGGGCAAGGGAGAAUGGAAGCAUAAGGAUCUUUGAAUUAUUUGGACAUGGGGGAAAACUAUAUUUAAAAUCCAAAGAGGGAUGGAGGGAGGAAAAUUAAAACAAAAGAAAGAAAUGAAAUAUAUAACAUAAAUGUGAUAAAAUUAAGGAUGUUUUUAUUCAGUAAACAUUUAAAAAAAUGUUCUACAGCACUCUAGCCUAGUGACUUACCAGUAACAAAAUGGUCUGAACAUAUUCUGUACUGUUGUAGAUUUGAAGUAUUCAGAUCCGCUCUGCAUAAAGCAGCUAAAUCCUCUCUCUGUCUCCUGGCAGAAAGCUCCUUGGUUUGCUCCCCUUGUGUCUCAGUCACAGCUGGUAUUCUGUAGAAAGACUUCUUUUCACCUUUCCCAUCAGCUUUGUUGGAACACCCUAACACAGCACAAAAGUUUACCAUUGUAGGUUUUUGAUGAAUCAAGUGCCUCAUGGGUUCACAUACCGCGCGCUGCCGUUAUUUCCCCCUAAUCACGAGUUUGUUGGUCUUCCAAUAUGGCGUAGGGUUUGUUUACUUCCGGUUUCGGGUGACGUCAGUGCAAGGGGUCUAUAUGUACCCAGAUCCCAUCACUGGCUCACUCCAUAGUUACUUUGGGAUGAGUGUUACACGUGGACAUUGCUCUCUUUAAAAAGGAUUUUCUGACAUAACUCUGGGUGAUUUUUGUACUUGGACAUUGUAAUCCAGUAUGUACUUCAUUCCAGCAUGGGUAUUACCCCUCCUCAGUUACAUCUGUGGAAUAUUAGGUUAUCCAUAUACCCCCUGUUUCUUAAUGCAAGGGGGGAAGGUAUGACACCUGGGAGCCUCAGACAAAAGUCAUAGCUCAAUGAAGAGCAACUGGUCAACUGGGAGAAAUUAUCUGGAGAGUACUUGUAGAUGUGUCUUCAGCCAUACAUGAAUUGCGGUGUUCUAAACUCUCUGUUUUAAACCACGCCCAACAGACUUUCUGUAGAUCAAGCCAGCACCAGCUGUAGAUCAUGUCACACAAAGCUUUUAGAGCGCGAAGUCUCAUGUAUGAUCCAGUUACUGUUGGUGACCCGCUGCUACAGCUGAGCAAGCACACUUUGCAUUUUCUCUGUGGAAAUACAGUCUAGUUCUUUCAUGGUAUCUUUUGUAAUCCCCGAUAACAUGUUACCAAAGGACACUGUUUAAAUAAAAAGUGUAUUCACAGUGCUGGCAUUGUGUGACCUAGCCACUCCCUGUGCAUCUUCACCAAAAGUUAUAUUUUUCUUUAUCUCUGAUCAUGCAUAAUUUACAGUUUGUUUCAUUCAUACCCCUUUCUUUUAAAAAAAUGUUUUAAAUAUUGUUUUUUUUUUCUUCAGAAGGGGUUUUUAACAGUCAUCUUUUUCUGCCCCAGAAACAAAAGAUGCCCAAUUACAAGCCUUCUCCUGCUCCUGGUGUUCAUUUUCCUAUACAUCUCAAGUUUACCUCCACAACCACAUCAGAAGAUGCCACUAUGAGGAAUAUGAGAGACUGAUAAAGUCAGGAGACAUACAAAAUCAGGAAAAUGUGAUGUCCACAGGUGGCUCCAGUAUUCACCAAACACUUCCUGCUUCCCUCAACAGUAACACAACUAACACAGGAGAGAAGCCGCAUCAAUGCUCACAAUGUGGGAAGAGUUUCAGUCAACGGAGUAAUCUCCAAAAACACCUGGGCAUUCACACAGGUGUGAAACCAUAUCACUGCUCAGAGUGUGGGAAGAAUUUUACAACAAAGAGUUAUCUCCAAACUCACCAGUUAAUUCACACAGAACAAAAGCCUUAUCUUUGCUUACAGUGUGGAAAGGGCUUUAUUCGAAAGCACGAUCUCCAAGUACACCAGCGCAUUCACACAGGCGAGAAGCCGUACCACUGCACUCAAUGUGGGAAAACUUACACUCAACACAGCAGUCUUCAAAAACACCUGGGCACUCACACAGGUGUGAAGCCAUAUCAUUGCUCAGAGUGUGGGAAGAAUUUUACAACAAAGCGUUAUCUCCAAACUCACCAGUUAAUUCACACAGAACAAAAGCCUUAUCUCUGCUUAGAGUGUGGAAAGGGCUUUACUCGAAAUCAUGAUCUCAAAGUACACCAGCGCAUUCACACAGGAGAGAAGCUGUACUACUGCUCGGAGUGUGGAAAGAGCUUUAUUAGAUAUGCUACCCUCAUCCAUCACCAGCACUUUCACAUAACAGAGAAACCAAUUCAGUGCUCUCGGUGUGGACGGAGAUUUACCUAUUCAGGAGCAUUUAACAUACACAAGUGCUCCAACAAGGAGUAAAGGGGACAUUGUAGACAAUUCCCAGAUGUGGGUGGAGCACAGAAGUACGGCAGGUGGUUGUUUGCUUCCGAGUUAUUUUCUUUAUUUUUGCUUUUCAGCUCAUAUACACACAGACUAUUAUUCAGUUCUCGGCUCCGAGCUCCCCUCCUCUCUCUCCUUUUAUAGGGCACCUUCGCUGUAAGAGACACACAAACGUGCGUUAAUUGACAACAGGUGUAGCGAUACGACUACUCACCUUCCCUGACUCCGCCCUCCAUUUACAGAUUGACGCUCAGCCACGCCCCUGCUGCCACAGACAUAUUAUGAAAAACUCACUUUUCAGUGCUUGUGCACAUAUAAUUGGGUAUCUGGAGUGUUUACCAACCCACAAACUCUGAAAUAAGGCAACCCAGUCAGUUUCAUUUGGGCUGCUGAGAUCAUAAAACAUGUGAUCCAACAAAGUCUCCUUCUUAUGCAGAAAGGGGCUGUCCUUAGAAUUAUACCUCCUCACGUUGGAGAGGUUUUUUUUUUUUGUCCUGGACCCGCGAGCAUUUGUAUCAAAGCGAGCUAAGAAUGGGAAGUGCUCUGUUGUUGGUUACACAGAGCAACACAUCCUUACAUCGACCCUCCCAGCCUCAGAAGAUAUAAGAGCUGAGUAGAUUUAAUAUAUUUUUGAUGGCAAUGUCCCAGGUACAGUCUGCAGAAAUCUGCUUGUAUGUAGUAAACACUUUGUGUCUGACUGUUUUUCCAACCUGGUCUAGUACAACGUAGGCUUGGCAGUGAAAGUUUACCUAAAAGAGGGAUUAAUACCAGCUCACUGUAAGGGCAAUUAAUCAGAUUUUAUUUUCAAUUAUAAUUUUGGCUUCCAAUGAUUCUGAAAGCAAGAUAAUUUGGAUAAAAUGAAAACUAUGCUACAUUCCAUUUCGCAGUGAUGCUCUCAUUUUGCUUUGCGUUACAAAUCCAACACACUAAAAGCCUAAACUUGCAUGUUUAAUUCAGCUUGAGCCAAAUGCAGGAUAACAAGAAGAGACGGCAUUGAAUUUGAUUUUAUAUUGGACAUUCAUCUGCACAUUCAAGAUUCUCGCUUCUAUUUCUCAAUA